AUGUCAACAGGAAACUUGGGGAACUUGCCUCUAAUCAUCAUCCCAGCAAUUUGUAGAGAAGAAGCUAGUCCAUUUGGAGCACCUGAUAUUUGCCAUGCAUAUGGAAUGUCUUAUGCUUCACUUUCUAUGGCGGUAGGAGCAAUUUUUUUGUGGUCUUAUGUUUACAACAUUGUGCGGGUGUCCUCAACUAAGGUCCCUGAAAGUAUUGGCCCAGAUGAUUCCACUAUCAGUAUGAAGUCUACUGAAGCAACAUCAGAACCUCUCUUAGGAAACCACACCAAAUUGCAACAUCAGAAUCUCUCUGUGGACCAUGCAAAUGAGUUUUUGCUGCCCAGUAAAGGAAAAUUAAAGGUUUUGGAUCAGAUAAAACAAAAUUUAGGGAAGUUUUCAAGAAAGAUUAAUCUGAAUGCGCUAUUUGCACCUUCAACUAUUGGAGCGCUUGCUGGGUUUGUCAUUGGAUUAGUUCCCCUAUUCCGAAAGUUAAUUAUUGGUGGUACUGCUCCUCUUCGCGUGGUCCAAGAUUCUGCUUCCUUGCUGGGGGAUGCAGCAAUUCCAACUGUCACACUGAUAGUGGGAGCCAACCUUCUAAAAGGUCUAAAAGGGUCAGGAAUUCAGCUGUCUCUAAUUGUUGGAAUAAUCGCAGUUCGGUAUAUUUUCCUGCCUCUGUUGGGUAUUAUUAUUGUUAAAGGGGCAAUUCAUUUUGGCCUGGUGCAAGCAGAUCCGUUAUAUCAGUUUGUUCUUCUUUUACAAUUUGCUCUUCCACCAGCAAUGAAUAUAGGAACAAUGACUCAAUUGUUUGGAGCUGGCGAGACUGAAUGUUCUGUUAUUUUACUGUGGACAUACACCUUGGCAUCAGUUGCAAUGACUCUUUGGUCAACCUUCUUCAUGUUGCAUUCAAAAGUGUUUAGGGGUGUUCAUGAUCCCGGACAAGCACACAACCUGGCAAAUUUUUCGGACGGUGCCGGAUCGGCUAGUGUUGGGCCAAGCCCAAGCCGUGAAGUCGGCUGGCCGGGUAUCAGGCCAGUCCCUGGGUUGGAGGUAGUGUUGUGGCUUGUGCCACGACUCCUCGGGCUUGAGAUAGGGGGUUAUGGCGGAGCGAGUGACGACAAGGUGACUGCUGGAUUUAAAUGGGGCUUGUGUUUGCUCGAACCAUCAAGUGAUGGGGUAGAGGUUGAUUCUCGAGGGGGGUUCAUUAGGGUUGAAAUGAACGUAGUAGGUUUGUAA